AUCCGCCGCUCUGUGUUUUAGGAUUUGGGGUCAUUUUCCGCCGUUCCACCGUUCCUGCCUUUAGGGUCACCCGUGAAUGAAAGGACAAGUUUGCAUCGUGCGUGAGGGUGUAACGGAAAAACAGACCCCGAAAACUCAGACCCCGAAAACUCAGACCUCAGACCCCGAAAACCAGACCCCUCGAAAUUUAUUUAAAUUUUAUUUACCAAAGAGAUUUAUGUCACACAAUCAAUCCGCGAGUGUAGAUUCACUUUGAUUCAAUGUGCUUUUCGCGUAAUUUUUUAACACGCAGUAAACAUGGUGAAUGCAUGUCAUAAAGCGCUAAAAAAUUUAUUUAGGGCUAUGUAAAUAAUGAUUUUAUUCUCUUAGGAUCAAUGGAGUGCGUGAUAUUUGUAUCUGUCACAUAACUUGUGUUCUUCACUUGUGUAACCUGAUGUGUAAUUAACCUUUAUUGUAUAUAUCAAAUAGUUUUCUUCAUUCUUUCCUGGCACCUUGCGUCCACAUGUCUUUAACGAUUCGGGUGGUUACGGUGUCGUGUGUGUGUGUGUUUUUUUGUUUUUUUUUUAGAGAGAAGGUCACCGGUACCGAAGGUUGGAAAAGUUACUGAGACUCGUUCGGAUCGGGGCACGUUUCAAUCACGGAGAGUCAUUCAGAAAAAAAUUCGUCGUUUCACACGACAAAGAAUUCACUUGCCGGGAGCUUACGUGUGCCGAGAAGCUGGCCAAAAAAAAAAAAAGAAAACACGCAGCGGAAGGAAAAGGAGAAGGUUAUCUUCUGUCAAAGGGAAAGCCAGUGAAGACAAGAUGAGUGAAGGAAAAGUCUCGGCGAGGACCAAGAUACGUUAAGUUGGAAACUACUACGUUUAGCUGCGUUAAACGCGAAGUGGAGUUUGGUUUGUUAAACGCGAGUCUAGGUUGUUAAACGCGAAGAUUGGUUUGUGAAUCGUGAGUUUGGUUUAUGUGUAGUUUGUUGGUGGAACGUGGUUGUUAAGAACAGGUCAAGCACAGGACGCGAAGGUGAACGGAACUGAGCUAAAAAAAAACCUACCUUUUUUUUAAUCUUAAUAGUAAUUACUCUUGUAAACAGUUUUAGUGUACUGGCCCCGGUUGUUCAAAGCAUGGAUAACUUCUUAUCCGCUGGAUAAAUCGCUAUCCAGUGGAUAAAUUUUAUCCAUGGCGUCAUAUCGGUUGUUGAAAGCAUGGAUAGCGCUAUCCACUCGCUAUCCAGUGGAUAAAUUUAUCCAUGGUUAGGUAGGUAGUAUAAGUUUUAUCCACCGGAUAAACACAAAUAAAAUGGCUGCUCGACAGUUACAUCUUCUUCGCUGUAACCUUCCCGACAAUCAACAUCGAAGAAAAAGGAGAAUUUAUCGCCGCCAACUCGAUCCGUUUGAAACAUAUACAGACGCUGAAUUGAGAUCCAGGUAUCGUUUUGGACGAGAGGCGCUACAGUACAUCGUUGGCCUUGUUGCAGACGAUAUCGCUCCCCAAACAAAUCGCAACCGUGCUGUUCCUGCUAGAAUGCAAGUCCUUAUCACCCUCAGAUUCUUAGCUUCGGGUUCGUUUCUUCAAGUAAUAGGUGACACUUUUCAGGGAUUUGACAAGUCGACUGUCAGCCGGAUAGUUCGCCGGGUGACAAAAGCCUUGACUGCAAAGUUAGGCGACUUCAUAAAAUUUCCGUGCACUCGUGCAGAACGAGACGAAAUAAAGCAAGGUUUGUUCAGAGUAGGUGGUUUUCCCUGUGCUAUCGGGUGCAUCGACGGUACUCAUGUCAGAAUAAAGGCCCCUCACGAAAACGAGCCGGACUUCGUGAACCGGAAAGGAUUUCAUUCAAUCAAUGUCCAGGCAAUCUGCGACCAUCGAGGUAAGCAAGUUUGUGUUGCUCUCAUUAUUUGUAUAGCAAAGGGUAACAUUCCGUUUAACCCAAGCUUUACUAUGCUUACUAUCUCAUGUGUAUUUCAGGUAUUAUUUUGUCCCAAAUAUGAGCAUGAAAGCCGAAGAAUUUCGCUUUAAAAUUGUAACG